UAUAGGUGGUUGUCCCUGAACAAAUUUAACCCUAUUAUAAAUGUCCCUGAACUGCUUAUCUCCUGGAACGAGCCACAGUAGCGAUGAAGUGAAGCUUGGUUGCGAACGGAAGUAGCUUUCUUCUUGGAGCAGCGACAAUGUCUUCUUCGUCUACAUCAAGCCUACGAAAAAACAGCCUAUGUACUCUGAAUUAUGAGCCCGCUGUCUACUGUUUAUGUGGGAUGAAAGCCCCUCUUUGCAAAGGACGAGAAAGUGAAAGAAUGUUCUACGGCUGUCAACAAUGGAAGCAUAAUCGUGGAUGUGGCUUCUGUGGGUGGAAGGAUGCUAUGGAUGCUACAUAUGGGGGUGAUGGCCAUGUACCCCACUGCAAUACAAGAGAUGAGGGAACAUAUGGUGGUGGUUUCGUUGAGUUGCAGAGGGCGAACAGUUCAUUCGAUCAAGGAAUUCAUCUUCUUAGAAGAGAUAUUGGUUAUCUUACGGGAGUAGUCCAAACAGAGGGGGGAAAGAACAAAAGAUUUAGGUUAAUUUUUGGUUGUUGUUGUUUUGUGAACAUAGUAGUUGUUGCUAUGGUUUAUUUUACUUUAAAAAACUCUUGUAUGCGUUAGGUGUGUUGUUUUUUAUGCUAUGGGAAGUGCCCAAUACUGUUAUUGUAACCAUAUUUAUGUAAGACAUGAAAGUUCUUAAUGUUGAAGCUGUAGCAACUAUGAUAUGCUUAAUAUUCUUUCAUAGCGGAAACAUA